AUGAAGGCUGCAAGUUCGAUGCGGGGCGGGUGCAGCGGGUCCUCCAUUGGUCCCUGGAUGCUCCACAGCCGUGUGAGCUUCUCCGGGCUCCCCCUUUUCCAGCCCAUCCUCAAGACUCGCCUUGAAAACACUUACAAGAUGCGGCCGGAUGAAGGCUGCAAGUUCGAUGCGGGGCGGGUGCAGCGGGUGCUGGAGGGGGACCUGGCCAGGGUCCAGUGCCUGGGGACCAUGGUCUACAGCCCCCAGGGCAGUGCCCCGCUAGCCCAGAGCCUGGCCGAGCUGCUGCAGAGCCAGGCGAAGGAGGUGGUGCCACCCCGCUAUAAGCUGGUCUGCCAUGUGCUGCUGGGCCAGCAGGGCCAGCAGAGCCUGCUGGUGGCCAGCCGGGCGCUGUGGGACCCUGAAAGCGACAGCUUUGCCUCCGCCACCUUCUCCAAUGCCUCCCUCUUUGCUGUGGCCACAGUGCAUGGGGUUUACUUUGAGUAG